AUGUAUACGCAACUGAAGGUAAUUCAGCUGUUAAGCAGUUUAGUAGAGCGGAUGGAUUGCCCGGAAGCAUUAUUGGGUCGACCGGCGAGCCCGAAAUCGAGUCUGUCUAAGUCAACUCUGGGUAAUCGAAAGGCGCUGAUGAGCUUGGAGCCUGGUGGUGGAAAAUCUCAACGUGGUGGGGUUGUCAAUCGGACCUGGAAGCGAUCGGUAGGAUGA